AUGAAUACACAUACCCAACUCGAAGAUUUAUCAAAUGAGAUUUUCUUCGAAAUAUUUGAGUAUUUCGAUGCACUAGAAAUUUUUACUAUAUUUACAUCAUUGAAUCGACGAAUUUCGUCUAUUAUACAAUCGAUUUCACUUCGUAUUGUUAUUUUUCCCGAUCAUUGUUAUCGUCAAAUUAAUUUUCUUUCUUCUCAUCUUAUUCAUCAUGCUGAUCAAGUAAUUUCAUUAGAGAUAUUUGAUACAAUUCGUGAUUAUUCAUCAAUUAUUAAUUUAAUAUUUAAUCGACACAGAUUUCUUAAUAUUGAAUCAUGUAUAUUUUAUUCAAUUAAUUCAACAACUAUACUUGAAAACGUUUUUAAACAAAUCAAAGAUCUUAACAGACUUGUUUCAUUCAGUUUUUAUGCAUUAAAUGAUGGAAAUAUAACUGAAAAAAAUAAACAUGAUUUAACUCAAAUUAUGUUAUUACACAAAUCACCUGAUCUUCGUUCAAUUUCACUUCUUUAUCGUUAUACUUACAUGGACAUAUCAAAUUUAACUUCGAUACCUUCGAAUCUUAUAAGAUUUAGAUUAUGUAUUUCCAGUUCAUUGCCAACUUUACCUAUUUAUUCAAUUAUAUCAAUUCUUCGACUUUGUCAUACAAUUCGAUAUUUAGGAAUAACAAUAGAAAAUCAAGAUCAAAUUGAAAAUAAUACUAUCAAUAUUUCGAAUUCAACACCAUCCAUUAAUGAUAAUAAUCUUCCUAUGUUGCUACAAGUGAUCUCUUUCGAUUUAAAAAUUCUUGCAAAAUGUGAUAGUCGUUCAAUUGCUUCUAUCUUACAUUGUAUGCCUAAUCUUGUUCAUUUUUGUUUUGCCUUGGAAGUACGAUUAGCAACAUGGCCAUUUCCUGGUGAAUUGCUCAAUGGUUAUAUGUGGCGAGAAAUGAUAGAACGUUAUGUUCGAUAUUUAUCUAAAUUUGAAUUUGAUAUGUCAAUUAGAAAAACACAACCAAGAUUAGAUUUAGAUAUUGUUGUCAAUUCUUUUGAAUAUUUCGUUCAAAAAUAUUCGAAUUGGAACAUGAUCAUUGAACGAUGGAAUUUCUAUUAUUGUAUUCGAGGUAUAUUUAUUUGUCUUUUAGAAGAAUUUAUCAUGUUACGAACAAAUAAUUAUUGUAAAUACAAAGAAAGCAUAGAUAUAAAUAUGCCUUUUAUUCAUUCUGGUUUAUUUGAUAUACGAUCAACAACAACAGAUCAUCCUUCUCUUUUUUAUUCAGAUACAAAUCUUUUAAGAAUACAUUUGACAAAGGAUAGACCAAUUGUUACUUGGUCUGGUCCUUUAUAUCAACAAAUCAAACAUCUGGUUAUAGUUAUGCCAACAAGAGGUUCACCAUUGUGGAACAAUUUAUUAAAUAUUUUUAAUUUUCAUGAAACAAAUGAUGAUAAUAUUGACGCAAAAGAAAGUGUUACUCAUCUUUCACAUUUUGUUUAUUUACCAAAUAUUACUCAACUGGAAUUUCCAUCAAUGAACUGUGAUUUGUCUCGAUGGAAAGAUAUUCAAUUUAUUUUACAAGCAUGUCCAAAUCUAAUUGAUCUUAUAAUUAAUACUCCAUUAUUAAUUUCAUCAAAAUUCAUCAAUAAUUCAUCUCUUAUUCCAAUUUUCAAACAAAUUAAAAUGAUUACAUCAGUAACAGAAAAAAUUUAUUUUCCUUCAAAACUUACAUCAAAACUUGUUCAGCAUUUUCCAUCACUCAGUCAUAUUGAACUUCAAGUGUUUUCAUUUGAUGAUUGUAUGUCUAUUAUUGAAAUAUUUCUAAGUCGUUUGGAAAACUUAUCUUAUAUUAAAAUUUCUUAUAGUCAAGAUACAUUAGUCGAUGAUCCAUUUUCUCGUCAAUAUCUUAUGAAAAAACGUCGUCAAACAUUUCCUAAUAAUAUUCUUGAUGAACAGAUGAUCAAUGUUAAAAAUAAUGGAGAAGCUAUACAAAUUUGGUUAUCAUAA